AUGGCCUCACCCAAAACUGUCAAGGAUGUUCAAAAACUCACAGGGAGAAUAGCAGCUUUAAACAGGUUUGUCUCUAGGGCCACAGACAAAUGCCUGCCCUUCUUUAAGACAUUGAAGCAGGCUUUUGCUUGGACCGGCGAGUGCAAAGCUGCGUUCCAAGAGCUGAAGCAAUACCUGAGCAGUCCACCUCUCCUAAGCCCGUCCAAAGAAGGAGAAAACCUAUACCUGUACCUGGCGGUGUCAGCCUCGGCAGUAAGUGCAGCUUUGAUUAGAGAAGAGGGCAAGAAGCAGCUCCCGGUUUAUUACGUUAGCCAAGCUUUUCAAGGAGCUGAGUCCAGAUACCCAAGGAUCGAAAAGAUUGCGUUUGCACUAAUAGUGGCCUCGCGCAAGCUCAGUCAAUUUGACAUCGAGUACCAUCCAAGAACAGCGAUCAAGGCACAAGCUCUGGCGGACUUCAUCGCAGAAUUCACGUUCCCUGACGAAGACAGGAUUAUCGACGAAGCAGAUAAACUAAUAAUACAGACUGAUGGUUCGUCAGCCCAAAAGAAGGAGGGAGUAGGGGCCAUCAUAACCACCCCCGACGGAGAAGUGCUAAAAUAUGGGGUCCAGCUAAAAUUUCCAGCCACCAACAACGAAACUGAAUACGAAGGAAUACUGACGGGACUGAGACUUGGGAAAGCUCUUGGUGCAAAAAAUUUGUUGAUCCAAAGUGAUUCAAAGCUAGUAAUUGGACAGAUCAAGGGAGAAUACGAGGCAAAAGAAGAAAGGAUGCAAAAGUACCUCAAAUUGGCAAGACGGCUAGCUCAGGAAUUCGAUACAGUGGAGUUCAUACAAAUACCAAGAAGUCAGAAUAUGGGGGCUGACGAAGUGUCAAAGUUAGCGUCAUCAAAAGAAGAAGGGACUAGCACGGACCUAGCGAUCGAAGUCCAAAAACACCCUAGUAUCGAGGAAGUUGCAACCUUCACCAUCCAGAGCACUGAUACCUGGAUGACGCCCAUAAUGUCCCUCCUCCAGGACGGGCACCUACCUCAAAACACUGAAGAAGCCAGAAAGAUCAAGAAGAGGGCAGCCAGAUUCACGAUCCUGAAUGACGUCUUGUACAAGAGAGGCUUCUCUAUGCCCUACUUGAAGUGCGUCGACGAGGAAGAGGCCAAAUACAUCUUAGAGGAAGUACACGGAGGAAUUUGUGGCGACCAUGUCGGCUCUAGAUCCCUAGUAAACAAAGUGGUAAGGGCAGGAUAUUUUUGGCCAACCAUGCAGGUGGACGCUGCUGAGAUCGUCAGGAGGUGCGACAAAUGCCAACGAUACGGGAAUGUGCAGCGGCUUCCAGCAGAGAAAAUAACGACCAUAGCUUCCCCAUGGCCAUUUGCACAAUGGGGGAUCGAUAUCGUCGGUCCUCUACCCCAAGGUAAAGGUCAGAUUCGGGAUUCCCUCGACGAUCAUAUCAGACAAUGGAAGGCAGUUCGACAGUCAAGGUUUCAGGGAAUUCUGCUCAAGCCUUGGCAUCAAGAAUCAGUUCUCAUCCCCAAGGCAUCCUCAGGCAAACGGGAAGACGGAAGUGACGAACCGGAUGCUGCUCAAGAUUAUCAAGACCAGACUGGAAAGAUGCGAAAGGUGCCUAGCCAGAAGAACUACCAAAUGUCCUGUGGGCUUACAGAACCACCGCCAGAACCCCAACAGGAGAAACCCCCUUCAAGCUUACCUAUGGUACAGAAGCAGUAA